AUGUCUUCAGCUGCGCCCUUGCCGGCGCACUUGGCCGCCGAAGACAAAGGCCCCGGCAUAAUCGCGACAAUAUGCGUGGUCACGGUGUUGGAGACGUUGUUCUGCGCCGCCCGUAUCUACACCAGAGGCCGCAUCCUAGGUCGCCUGCAUCUGGAUGAUUAUCUUGUCAUGCUCUCGGUGAGUCAGGUCAUGGGCUGGGCGUCCGUCACCUUCUCCAUCAUGGCCGUGCGGUCGGGCAACGGCAAGCACUUCGACAUCCUCACGACAGAGCAGAAGUCCGGGGCGAUCUUGUGGACCAUGGUCGGCUUCUGUCCCGGUAUUCUAUCGUUUGGCAUCCCGAAACUGGCCGUGAUCGCCCUGCUAUCGCGGCUUAUGAACCCGAGCCGGAAGCAUCGGAUUUUCCUAUGGACGCUGGGCAUCGUCUGCGUGCUCAGCCUGCUGGGCUGCGUGGUGGUGCUGUUCGGUCGGUGCACGCCGUCCCGGUCGCUGUGGGACUUCGACGUAGCCCCCGAGAGCUGUUUCGACGUCUGGAUCUUGGUCAACUACGCCAUCUAUGCCGGCACCUUCUCCGCCUUUACGGACUUGUACCUUGCCGUCUACCCGGCCAUCGUGCUUUUUAGUCUCCGGAUGAACAUGAGGAAGAAGCUUGCGCUGAGCGGCGCGCUCGGCGUGGGAUCCAUUGCCACCAUUGUCGCCAUCUACAAGACGACUCGCCUUCCGGGCCUGGCCAGCCCGGACUUCUCCUACGACACCUCCGACCUCGUCGUCUGGACCGCCGUCGAAGGCGCAACCAUCAUCAUCGCAUCCUGCAUCCCCGUGCUCCAACCGUUCGUCGACAAGGUCGUCAGCUCGCGCAUCUUCGGCAGCUUCUCAGGCACCCGCGGGGGGCGCGGCGGCUACCACCAGAACAACAGCUCCGGCCCCAACAGCAAGGGCGACUACUACUACCACGGCCGGUCCGGCGGCCACGUGACCACCAGCGGCGGCGGCGGCGGUAUCGAGCUAUCGCGCAGCUCGCACAAGCGCUCCGCCGUCAAGGAUCCCAACAGCCUGACCUUCCUUGACGAGACGCGCGCCGGAAGCGAGGAGAGCAUCCUCAAGAACAACGGCCAGCCCGAGCCGCUGGCCGCCGUGCCUGAGUACGAGAGCAACAACAACAGCAACAACAACAGGAGCGAGAGGGCGGCGACGUUCGGCGGUGGCGAAGGGAGCAGCAGCAUCGAACUGCAGGCCCCGUCUCCAACAGCGACAGUAGGGGCCAAUGCGGGAAUUGUCAGGACCACGGUCGUCUCGGUCUCGUACGGCGGCCAGGAAGCGUCCGAGGAUCACAACACCGGUAGGACCAGGUGGGAGGCGCGCGGGCCUGGGUCCGGGAGGUAG